CUUGGCCGUACGACGAAGGAAACAGUAUAUAAUACCUUUACUAUCUCUUAAUUGCAUUGUCUCCAUCACAACAGAAUUUAUGUACAAGUAGAUACCUUGAGCUGUUGUUCUGAAUCGACACUAUGCCGGGCAAGCAGAACGCCUGGAGUACAGAGCUGUUCGAUUGCUGUGCUGAGCCUGGAGGAUGCAAAAUAUGUUGUCUCGGAUGUGUCAAUCCUUGUGCCCUCUAUGGCAAGAACGUGAACAAGAUGCCAAAGGAGGUCUGCUGCGGAGGCAGCAAGGGCAGCGCCAAAAACGGCUACUGCUUGUUGUCAUGUGUGGGUCUCGGCUGCGUCCUGCACAUGGGCGCCCGUCGAUGGAUUCGGAAGAAGUAUGAUAUUCCGGGCAGUUGCUGCGACGACUUCAUGGCGACAUGCUGUUGUCCGUGCUGUGCUAUGAUCCAAGAAUACAACGAGCUCAAGAUUCGCAAGGGCAACAAGGAGUCACGGCACCCAAGGCACGUAGUGGAGGUUACGGCAUCAACGGCACCCCCGCCUGAGCAACCACGCCUUGCUCCGCCGCCAGUCGUCGCACAGCCUGUUCCUGCGCCGCCGCCACCGCCGCUCAGGCCCGCGCAACCUGCACCGCCGCCGCCCAAGCCCGCACAACCUGCACCGCCGCCGCAGCCCACGCCCGCCCACAAGAAGCAGCAUAAGAAGCACACCAAGGGGGACCACAGCAGCAGUAGCAGCAGUAGCAGUGACAGUGACAGCGACAGCAGCGGGCACCGCGCCCGGCGGGCCGUCGCACAGCCUGCCCCUGCGCCACCACCGCCGCCGCCCAAGCCCGCGCAACCUGCACCACCGCCGCCGCCCAAGCCUGCGCAACCUGCACCGCCGCCGCCCAAGCCCGCACAACCUGCACCAUCGGCGCCCAAGCCCGCGCAACCUGCACCACCACCGCCGCCCAAGCCCGUGCAACCAACACCACCGCCGCCGCCCAAGCCCGCGCAACCUGCACCACCACCGCCGCCCAAGCCCGCGCAACCAACACCACCGCCGCCGCAGCCUGUACCGGUCCACAAAAAGCAGCACAAGAAGCAGCACAAGAAGCACAACAAGGGGGGCCACAGCAGCAGCAGCAGUAGCAGCAGCAGUAGCAGUGACAGCGACUGAGCAGUACCAUUGGCACUCUGCAAAUGAGAAACCGAGGAGAGGGGCCCUUGUGUCUGGUCCCGAUUCUGAGAUAAGCCAAAAAAAUGUAGUUAUGAUCGAGCAAAUGUAUAUCUAAAAGGUUUCUUAGUAGUACUAUGCAGUUAUGGGGUUAAAUAUGUGUCAAAUUCAUUUGCAUGCCGUGCUGGAUGGGGUUGUUAGCCCCCUUCCAGUCCUUAUGCUUACUUGGCAGGGGCCAUGUCCAGGAGACCCAUCAAACUACGCGUGUUAUACUCGGCAUGCUUUAUACCGUGGCAGCAACUGCAUCACUGCAAGUUAUGGACGCUUUCCACUCUGCAGGAAUAGGACAGGAGUGUACGGUAAUCGUAGAUGGGCAUAACCGGUAUAAUCGUGCUGGCCUUUUGGCUUUGCUUUGAUUGUUAGUGUGCUCAGGUGUUAUGUACUCGCAUCUUUAAAGUUAUGGUCUACAACGCCAUCUGGACUUCUUAGGCACGGUGUGGGCCUGCACCGGUUUACUCCGAGGUAGCUGACGUUUAUAUCCGUUAUUCGUAUAGUAACGAUUCAUUAUUCAUGUUUUUAUCUAAUGUGAUUAUUGCAGCAUAUUACGCCGCGUGGUGAAGUGUGGUGAUGGGGUGUCCUAUGUGUGUAUGGGCUGCCUUUGUAUGAUGAAGCAGCUGUUUCAGGGAAAAACGAGGGUGUCUUUUAGUCAUGUUAGGAGAGUUGCCGUCACCAAAGCUGAUUUUAAGCUUUUGUGAUCCUGCGGAUGCGGCAACGAGUUAGUAGUCAACAUGCCUGCGUUAACAAAUAUGUGUGCCAGCCUUGGCCUAGGCCAUGUAAUCUCCUCGAGCUUCA